AUGGCUCCCCAAAUGAAAGGGUUAACGCAGUUCAUAGUGGACUUGCGUAACUCGAAUAACGCGGAAGAAGAACGGAAGCGCAUCAACUUGGAAAUAAGCAACAUCCAAAGUAAGUUCGCCAUUUCAAACCUCAACUCAUACCAAAAGAAGAAAUAUGUUUGCAAACUUAUCUAUAUCCACCUCCUCGGGUUUGAAGAGGAUACCAAUUUUGGUCUUAAGCAGGCGUAUGCCCUUGCCGAGUCUUCCGACUUUCUGGAAAAACAGUUGGGAUAUCUUCUGAUUUCCAUUCUCUUCAAACGAGACGCGACAAAUCCCCUGGCAUACAUUGAAGGUCUCUUUGAACAGACACAUGUUCACCUUUUACGGGAUUUAAAGAUUGACAAAGAAGCUGUCAAUUGUUUGGCUUUACAAUUCAUUGCAUCAAAUUUUAAUGUCAUGAUCCAUCUGUUGUCUAUGGGCUCAGCCGGAAGCAGUACGAUAGGCAUUUAUGGCCAACAGUGGCUGGAUUUGAUUGACAUGGUUUACGGAUUCUGUGUUUCCCCGGUUUCCAGUGCAAAUAUUCGAAAGAAGGCCCUCAUAACGCUAUUGGUGAUGAUUAAAAUCACUCCAAAGGUUAUCACGAUUAAUGACAAUUGGAUUCCGCGUCUCUUGGCUUUGUUAGACGAUGCGAACCCUAGUGUGGUUUUAAGCGCCAUCCCACUAACGAAAUACCUAACCGACGUCAAACCACAAUACAUCAAAUCCAUUCUUCCUACUAUCGCUGCUCGCCUUGAAAGAUUAGUGGUCAAUCGUUCCUGCCCCUUGGAAUAUCUAUUCUACGACAUUCCUGCUCCAUGGCUAGUAACCAGACUUUUGCAAUUGACAGAGCACUUCCUCUUACCCUCAGAGGAUCUGCGGAACGUUGCAUUAUCUGUGAGUGAGUUAGAUUCAGAAACACUCUCAAAGCUUCGAAAUGUGGUUUCUACUAGUAUCCAAACUGCCACAGGCCCAAGUAAUGGGCAACCUGGUAGGAAUUCACAAUCAUCGAUUCUUUUCCAAGCUGUUGCUCUCGCUUCAUUGCUAGAUGCCUCUUCGAGUGCUAUAGAAGGUGCCGUAGGAGCUUUGAUUUCUCUUCUUGAUUUCCCGGAUACAAACUUACGGUAUUUGGUUUUAGAUGCAUUGACUAAAUUGUCGGCUAGAUCCAACCCCAAGGCAUCAUUCAAGGACCAUAUGGAGAAGAUUUUCGCUUCUCUUUAUGAUAGAGACGUUUCAAUCAGAAGGAAGACCGUUGAUUUGCUGUACACCAUGUGCGAGCCACUGAACUAUGGACAGAUUGUAUCAAAGUUACUCGAUUAUCUACCCGUAUGCGAUUCGACCCUCCGAAACGAAAUUUCUAUAAAGGUCGCAGUUAUUGCUGAAAAGUAUGCGAGUGACCCAUUGUGGUACGUUUCAACCAUGCUCCGGUUGUUAUCAAUUUGUGGCAACUCAAAACCAAAUUCGGGAGAUCCUGGAACAGCGAGUGAAAUUUGGGAACGUAUUGCUCAGAUCAUAGUCAAUAAUGAAGACCUACAAAAAAUGACAGGAAAAUACAUCAUGAACACUCUCAAAAAACCUAAAGGAUCUAUCCAAGACGGCUUGUAUAAAGUUGCAGCUUUUGUACUAGGCGAAUAUGGGCAUAAAUUAGCUGAAAGCGCGGAUCAAAACAACCAUUUCACACUUGAAGUCCAGUUUACCGCUCUCAUGGAAGCAUACUUCAAUGCCUCAUUGUCUGCGCGUCCUCUUAUCAUGAGUGCAUUUAUCAAGUUCAUCGUUAAAUCCCCCAACGAAGACUUUGUUCCUGAUAUUCUUGAUUUAUUCGAAGCAGAGGCACAGUCUUUGGAUCUUGAAAUACAGACACGUGCUCAUGAAUAUUUAAAAGUGGCAUCUUAUAUGGUCAGUGGUGAUCAGAGAGAUAUAGAAUUCGCCAGAAGCAUCGUCGCACAAAUGCCGCCUUUCACUAGUAAACGCAAUAAGUUGCUUAACCAUUUGGGUAGCGUUAAGCAUAUCACGGAGCGGUCAUCUUCCACAGUAAAUGUGCUGAAAAUUCCUAAACUUAAAGUCAAAACUACAGGCCAUUCGUCUUCCAAUGAUUUGAGUGACGUUGAAGAUCUUUCCAACAUUACCGAAGACGACUUAGAUCCGUUCCACGAUCCACAACCAAGAGCUCCGCAGCUUUCGCCAAAUUGGUAUGCUGGAUAUCAUCGGAUGUUGCAGUAUGAUGCAGGUAUAUUUUAUGAAGACCAACUUGUGAAAAUCACCUACAGAACUAUUAAAGAAGGGCCAGACAUAAGUAUAAUCUUCACAGUUAUUAAUAAUGCUUCCAAAACGACCGAUGCAAACAUAACGGCAUUCACAGUCUUAGAGGUCUGUAACAUGAGUCAAAAGCAUCCCGAAAAAUACGCUAUUAAUUUGGUCAAGGUUCCCGAUCCUACAAUUCCGCAAAAGACAACGUUGGAAUUGAAAAUCAAGGUCCGCGAGGUUCUCGAGAAUACCGAGUGUCCUAUCAUAUGCUUCACAUAUAAGUGUAGCGGUUCAUUCAACAAGUUGAACCUCAAGAUUCCUAUCGUCCUCAUAAAAACCUUGUCCGGAACUAGUCUCAGCUCCUUAGAAGAUUUCAGAAAGAGAUGGCUUCAAAUAGGGGAACUUUUGGGAACUGUGGAAGGCGAGAAGAAGGGUGUUAUCACUACAAAUCAUCGGUACACUUCGGCCAACAUGGUUAGGAUGAUUCAAAGAAUAGGUUUUGCCAUUGUCCACUCCACACCCGACAACGCUGAAGGAGUGUUGGUUAUGGGGGCUGGCAUCUUGCGUACGCUCAAGUCCAACUACGGUUUGUUGCUUACAAUCAAAAGUACAGAUGUCAUGGGCAGGCUGUUUGAUGUUGCUGUCCGAAGCACAGGUGGAGGCGUUCUGGAAAUUAUUUUCCAAACGUUGAAGGAAAUGCUUGAAUCUAAAUAA